CGGACGGGUGCGCAGUCGGGAAAAGAGUAUUUUUGAGGGACAAAAUACAGACUGCGAAGAGUAUAUUUUAUUUUGAAAGCCACGACAGCGGAAGUUGUGAUAUCUCCAACUCUAACUUGACACAGGUUGCUGUUGUGGAACCGACCGAACAUGGAGGAGACGGGGCGCCAGCAGAAGCUGGAUCCAGUGAAAGAUCCCCCAGUCUCGCAGUGCUGCAAAAUAUGCUAAAAAAGGCUUCCCGUACCCCUCUCCGGUAUCAUACUCUCGUCUCAUCAUCCUCUGACUCCAGCAGCACUUUUGCUAAUACAUCUGAACUCCAACAGGACGGUGACUCGUCAGCUGCAGAUGUGACAGACAGCCACCGCUACAGACAGAACGGAGUCCCAGCAGGUGUGGUCACAACCAACCCUUUCUAUGCAAAUUACGUGGAUCCCAGCAGCAAGAGUCACGACAAGGAGAACAUUGGGGAGAAAACCUUAGAAGAAGCAAACCCUGAUGCCAUGUUUGCCACUCUUCCGAGCUCUCCCCUGGAUCGUGACUCUAAAAUGAACUCCGUGGAAAAUGGGUCAAAUCUUUUGGAAUCUCUGAAUAUUUUUCAGACCAACAAACAUAAAGACGACCUUUUCCAAACGCGUACUUCGGAUCAGAGUAUCGAUGUAAGUUUUGCAUCGCCAGACCUUUUGAGCACGAGCCCAGCUCAAACGCAGACCCGCUCCGAUCUCUUCCGAGGUGACGUGGAGGAUCUUUUCCACCCUGCUACAGAGGAUUUAUUCCGUGCUAAUGGGGCGAACCCAUCUGAGAACGGUCCCAGUACUCAUGUGGACCCAUUUAAGUCAUCUUUAACCCAGGAGGGUGGUCGGUUCCAGUCUCCAAGAAACCCAUUUUACUCCACCGGAGUCACAGAUGCAGAUUUGUUUCAUUCAGAUCCAGCUGAUAUCGAUGAACUCUUCAAAAUCAAGGAACGCAAACAAGAUGCCCCCACUAAAGAGAAGGACCUCUUUGGAAUGUCCUUCAAGGAAAAUGUGGAUAUAUUUGCAUUUUCAUCCACAAACGCAGUUGAUCCCUUCCCAAGUCCACUUUCAAGAAUUGUUUUCCCAGACGUCUCCAGUUUGGACGACCCAUUUAGCCCCUCUCCCUCCAAACAACUCAACCCUCUUCAGGACAUUUCCAACGGCAUACCAGACAUCUUUCAACCCUGCCCGUCAGAGGCCGGAGAGAGCGAGAUGACUGCGUUCUCCACACCUGUAAUCAGUAGUCCGUCACAAAUGAAGGUGGACGCGGCAGCAUCACCAGAACUACUGAGGAAAACGCUGAGGUCUCCCCCAGCCGUCCCACCCAAGCCUCUCCCCAGAACACAGGCCAUCGUCCUGACCAGUCCUCACGGGAGCACGCGUGACAUCCUUCAACCGACGCCUUUCAGUCAGGCCAUGAGUCCGUCUCCCUCCUCCGACAUGACUCACGCGCAGGUUUUCAGACGCCCUCCACGGCCGCUUCCUCGAACGAGACCACCCAGACCAGGAAAACCUCCCAAGCAAAAGUCCCCAGAGCCAGAACUCUCGCUGGAACUUGAACCAGACGUACCCAAAGCUUCCCCUAAAGUGGCAUUUAGACCGCUGCCGAUACCAGCAGUUCAGCGUAAACCAAAGAGCCCGAAAAUUAAACCAGAGAAUCCUGAGAACUACGUUGUCUUCGAGGACGUCCUGCUUAUUGGACAGGAAAGGUGUGUUGAGGACUGGCCUGAGGACAGUCCUGAGCUCAAACCUGAAUUCAAACCAUCUGGAAAACUUAAACUAAGGAGAGAGUCGCUGAAGGCAAAGAUGGAUUCAGACGGAGGAAGUGGUGAGGACCAGGACGUGGCUGGGACUCCCAACAAGAGAAAGGAGAAGAAGUUCAAACUGCACCUGGUCCCCAGACGAGGCUCCAAGGAGAAGUUUACUGAUGACACGAUGGAGAAGAAAAGCAGCAAUCUCCCAACACGGAAAUCACCAACGGAUUUUGUGGACACAAAUGGGUCAAUAGGAGUGGAUGAGGAUGAGGAGCAGUAUGGGAUGGACUACAAAAAGAAAGCUCUGAAAACCAGAGUCCACCAGUUGUUUCGAAGAGCAUCCACAGCUUCUGUGUUUGAGGGAAAGCACGAAUCCCAGGAGAGAGGCACUCAUAAGAAAAGUGGAGACAAGAAUGCAAUUCCACGUCGGCGGUCAGAGGGGAAUAUGUUGGAUGACAGCACUGCUGAAGAGGAAGAGGGAUCCCACCUGGAAGAGAAGAAAAAGAAGAAGAUGAGAAUCAAGUUUGUGCCACACAGAGGAUUUGCCAUCUCUGUAGAAAAGACCAAUGCUGAGCCAAAGGGAGCCCAUGGAUACACACCUCGCAAGAGCUCAAAGGACAAGUCAACAGAUGAAGAUUUUGGGUCGCAUGCCUUUACACCUCGUGAGAAGCCCCAGGAUGUUUAUUCUGAUGAUCUGAAAGAGAUGAAAGGCCAGAGAUACCACUCAGCAGGCAAGGCGGCUUUCAUGGAUGACAAGCUGUUGCAGAAACCACACCAUUACUCCCCUCGCCUGGAUCAAGAUGAUGAUGAUGAAGAUGCAUAUGGAAUCCAAGACUGCAAACCUAAGAAGCCAACAAAGACCAAACUGCGACAUGUGGUCCGUCGAAGGUCAAAGGAGAACAUGCUGGAGGAGCCCAGCCUGCAGAGAAAAAAGAGCAGCCUCUCAGCAGAGGAGCUGGAUGAUGAAGACCUAUGCAAGAUGAAGAACUCAAAACUGCACAAACACAAGCCUGCCAACGGAGCGAGUGGGUUCAGUUACCACGUACCUCAGCAGGACUCGGGGGAGGAGUUGGAUCAGGAUGAAAUGCUGAGAAAAGAUUUGACGGAUCCUGAAGAGGUGCAAGAUGAAGAACUAGAUGAACAAGACGUCUACAAGCUGAAGAAACUAUUAAAACUGAAAGUCCUCAAAAAACUGAAGCCUAAAAGCAAAGCCAUGCAUGCAGAGCGCGAGGACGCACCGGGAGCCACAUCAAGUGACUAUAUGUCAGAAGCUGCUAGGGCGGAGUGGAGGGCUGCCCAGAUGGACGAGCAAGCUCUGGCCGGUCUGGAAGACGACGACGACGAAGGGGAUACCGACAGUCUGAUGGAGUGGUGGUACACAGUGGAGCAAUGGGACGAGGUGCCGUCAGACGAAGAGGCUGCACUCAUGAAGGAGGACGAGUCAAAGUCGUUCACCAUCCUGGCGGACAAGGUUAACCACGGCCUACGCGUCUUCAACAAAGUCUUCACGGAACGAGCCGAGGUGCUCUGGCAGUCCAUCAUCACGCUGCACACCAUCGCCGAAGACAUCAGUGACUUCCACCAGAAAGCCAAGAUUGUCGGCAUCACCGGCGGCACCACCACGGCGGUGGGGGGGGUCACCGCCAUCGCAGGCCUGGCUCUGGCACCCUUCACGUUCGGUGCUUCCCUGGUCAUUGCAGCUGUGGGUGUCGGCGUGGCAACAGCUGGAGGAAUCACUUCAGCCUCCGCAGCCAUUUCUGAUAACGUCAACAACAUGCACGACCGCAAGAAGGUGGAGGUUGUGCUCAAGGAUUACGAGGAUCACUUGCUGGACAUCGCCAAGAUCCUCCACUUCGUCAAUCAGGGUUUGUACAAACUGCGUGGCCACCCUUUCCUCCGCUCCGGCACCCAGCAUUACUCGGAGGACUGGGAGAUCCGUAGGGCCGUCCAGAUGAUCAGCUUGGUGGACUCGCCGGUGAGUCGAGCCACGGAGCUGGCAGACGCUGCUGUGGCCUCGCUGCAACGGCUCUUCAAAGGCAUGGACAAGUACUUCAUAAAGGAGACCAGAGAGCUGAAGAAAAGCUGCAGGAAGGAGAUUGUCAGUGAAAUACGAGAGGUGGCGAAUGUGCUCAAUGACACCAUAGUUGAACUCAAUUCCAUCAGGGAAGAGCUGCAGGAUGCAACUGGAAUUGUGUGAACAACGCUCAUCAUAACUGUUUGACUAAAUAUUCCAGAUAUCACCAGCGCCCUCUCCUGGCUGAAUGAAGGCCAGGCGCUGAUGCAGGUUUAUUAGUUUAACACUUUCAUUUUCAACCAACACAUACAAAAUGUUGAAUUAUAUUGCAGUAGUUCUGCAAAACAUUCAGUCUCUGUGAAGCUCCUGACCAUUAUUGUUCGACUGAUAGAAAAGUUGCACCUCCUUUUGUCUUUGAAGCUGCACAUUCUCAUUUAUGAGGAUAUAUUAACACAGAGGGACUUACUUUUACACGCUGUUCAGGGGUUGUGAUUCAGGAUGAGGUUAUAGUCACGGGUUUAGUUUGAAAUACAUAACACUCAUUACACGUUUAAGUUGGAGCUUCCUGCUUGAUGACAAAGAUGUACAAUCUAACGAAUGUGGUUUUGAACGUGACAAAAGCUGAAGUUCGAUCAACGCAGGUCUUUUUACCCAUAUGUAUAUUUACAGGAGCGUUUGAAAAUGUGAAGCCACCUCAUAGUUUACUUUUUUUGUUUUUUUUUUUUAAAUAAGUGCAGUUUACUGAUAUGAAGCGAGUAAAACCUUAUUUGGUAAAGGAGUCUUUUUAAUCUUACAACAACCUACAGAGAAAUAGAAACGGUCAGUUUAAUCAUGAUCACUGACAUAACUUGAUGGUCCAACCUAAAGUCUGCCCACUUUCUUUAGGUGAUCUUCAGCUGGUUCUCGUCGUCUUUUAAAUGUAGCUUUUGCUGGUGACCUGUUGGCGUCACCAUCUUAAUGCUUUUGUGCUUUAUCGGUACGUUUGUGCUCCUAUGUGUAUAUUUGACCCAUGCUUUAUUAAAUGAGUUGCUCAGUUUAAAUGUGUUCAAACUGCAUGUGAAUGUACAGAUAAGACUGUUUUUAAUGUGUCCACCUUUGUAAUGUAUUUAACUUUAAAAAAUGAACUUAUUCUAACAAUUAAUCAGCUCACAGUUUGUGUAUAAUGAUGCAACUUUCCUCCCUUAAUCUUCUUGGAUUUAUUUUCAUUUUACUUAAUCUUUACAUAUUUAAUUAUUUAAAUUUAGCCUUGUCAUAUUUUACGUCAAUGCAACACUUAAACUGUGAAUAAAGGCUCUGAAGUGAUUUGUUU